CGGCCACCGAGGACGAUGGCGCGGCCGCGGCCCCGCGAGUACCGAGCGGGCGACCUGGUCUUCGCCAAGAUGAAGGGCUACCCGCACUGGCCGGCGCGGAUUGAUGAACUGCCUGAGGGAGCCGUGAAGCCCCCCGCAAACAAGUACCCUAUCUUCUUUUUCGGUACUCACGAAACUGCAUUUCUAGGUCCCAAAGACCUUUUUCCAUAUAAGGAAUACAAAGAUAAGUUUGGAAAGUCAAACAAACGGAAAGGAUUUAAUGAAGGAUUGUGGGAAAUAGAAAACAACCCAGGAGUGAAGUUUACUGGAUACCAGGCAAUCCAACAGCAGAGCUCUUCAGAAACUGAGGGAGAAGGUGGAAAUACGGCGGAUGCCAGCAGUGAGGAGGAAGGCGACAGAGUAGAAGAAGAUGGAAAAGGCAAAAGGAAGAAUGAAAAAGGAGGCUCAAAGCGGAAAAAGUCCUAUGCUUCAAAGAAAUCCUCUAAACAGUCCCGGAAAUCUCCAGGAGAUGAAGAUGAUAAAGACUGCAAAGAAGAGGAAAACAAAAGCAGCUCUGAGGGUGGAGAUGCCGGUAAUGACACAAGAAACACAACUUCAGACUUGCAGAAAACCAGCGAAGGGACCUAACUACCAUAACGAAUGCUGCAUAUUAAGAGAAACCACAAGAAGGUUCAUUGUUGGGUUGUCUAAUAUUCUUGGAUUUGAUAUGAACCUACACAUAGUCCUGUUGUCACUGGCAGCCCAGUUUGUACGUACAUCGUCCAUAUUCCUCUGUUGCGUUGGAAAAGACAUGUUAGCCUUUUUUAAGGUUAUUGAUUUGAUUUCUUGUUACUUGAUUGCAUGAAGUUGCCCUUAGCCACUGAGAAACACUGAGGUUUUGCGCAGACUUCUACAUGUCUGGGAUCCUUUCGUCAAGUCCUGCCUUGGCCUCUGUCGACCAAGCACUCAGUUAACUAUGAGCAUUUUUGUAUGACCACCCAGCACAGGCAUAAAGACAGGACGUCCUCUUUGACAGAACUCAGGAGCUAAUCCCUACAUACAUAAUUGGUAAAUUGGAGAGUAAAUUGUCCUUCAGUUUUGAGGCUAUGUGUAAAAGUUCAACCAUCUUGUACAAUGUCUAUUCUAUAUUAGAAAUAGCUAGUCAGCAGCUUACACUUCUCAAAAUACACGGUGUGUACACAAACUGAGUUUCUAUAUGUGAAGAUAGUGAGUCUUCUGUGUUACUCCAAAUUAAAGGCAGGGAUUUAUCUUUCCCCGAUGCCAGUACACGCUGAGCCAGCACGCGAGAUGGAUCCUUGACGCGUGGACCUGCGGAGCUCAGCGUAGCCCAUGGCAGCGACAGGGCAUUGACUCCGCCUAGGGGCUUUGAAAACGGACUGUUUCCUUCUGGAACUAGAAUUAGAAUAGUGAAAUAGCCAUCCACAAACCAUUACUCUGUGUACAUGAUUGUUGCUAUUGUGAUAAUAGAGAACGUAAUUUAUUUUUAUGCCAGCCUAUAUCGUGAGCACACAUCUAGUCCGUUGGGGUUUUAUCGAUCCUGUUUUGCUCGUCCUUUGAACAUUUUUCGAGUACUCGAGGUUUGUAGUUGAAAAGUUUACUGUAAAAAAAAAAUCAAAAACAAAAAAAUGUAUUGUUUUUACAGAAUAAAUAUAUUGGAAUGUGUACUGGGAGUAAGAUUGAGGUUGUGAACCAUCGAGUCAGUGUAAUUUGGCUUUAUUGUGACGUGAGGUAUUAAUGUAACUCGUUAUUAAAGCAAAACUUGCCAACAGCCAGUUGACGGUAG